AAAUCACAACAAAUCGAAUUUCGCUUAAUCCCUGCAUCUAGAAUUGAUACUAAAAUUUACAGGCGGUCACACGAGAUUGUUAGAAUGAUCAGCUCGAAGCAAAUAUGCAGCGUGCCUCGAUUAAACGACGCCCGUUGCAACUUGGCACCACACGCUAGCGGAGGCUAGCGAAUCAGUCGAGUUUCAACUGAGCGAGGGUUCGGCUGGUUUCGGCGUUAGAAUGCCACUUAGAGAGGAACAAUACUUCGGAAGUACGGACAGUUCGUAUGAGGCUGCCGUCAAACAUCAUUCCGAAACGAAGAAACGGUUUAGCAUCAAUCGGUUGGAAAAAGUGUCGAAAGUAAUCUUAUUGGACGUCCCAAAAGUGUGUAAAUUUCUACUACUCGCAGUGUGGGUCAGCUUAUGCAACUUGGUGAAGUUGUUCUUACCGGUUCAGCGCAAAUCCAUUACCGGUCAGAUUGCGCUGGUCACAGGUGGAGCCAACGGAUUGGGCAAAGCACUUUGCCUUCGCUUGGCGCGGGAAGGCUGUUCGGUGGCCGUAGCCGAUGUAGAUUUCUCUAGUGCACAAGCAACUGCCGAAGAAGUGCGAGGAUGUACCGGGGGUAGUGUCAAAGUGCAAGCGUUUCACGUCGACGUCGGGGACUUUAAUUCGGUGGCACAGCUAAAACAGAACGUCGAGAAGACCCUUGGACCGGUCGACAUUCUAGUUAACAAUGCAGGACUGCUGGCGAUGCUGUCACUUUCCGAAGGAACACCGGAGGAUGUGCAGAAGAUUGUCAACGUAAAUCUGAUGUCGCAUUUCUGGACAAUUCGCGCAUUCAAAGCUAGUAUGGUCGAGCGACGGCGGGGCCACAUUGUUGCAAUUUGUUCGGUGCUAGGUGUGAUACCUCACGGUCGGACGAUCUGCUACGGCACGACGAAGGCUGCCAUCCGUGGUCUGAUGGUCUCGUUGGAUGAGGAAUUUUACCUGAACGAUCUGAGCGAUGAACUGCAUACCACCACAGUCUAUCCGGCUGGAAUCAAAACCCGGAAGCAAUUUGUUGAUCUUAUGAACGAAUUGAGGUUGCGGGUACCUUGGCAUUCCCCGGAGUACGUGGCCGAUAGGGUUGUUGACGGUGUCCUAGAGAAUAAAACACACGUUGUUCCAAGCUAUUUUUUCAUCAAGGUUUUAAUCAAAUAUUUCCCUAUUUUGCCAACUAGUUUAAUACGCUUGUUCUCAGACAUAUUUAUAGGAAAAGUUCCGCAGCUCACUAAAUAACAGAAAGCAAACUAUAUUACUUGUAACUACCAUAACGAAGCGUUACAAAUUUUUAUACUUUGGAACAUAUAACAUACUGUAGAAUCAAAUGCUAAAGAUGGACAAACGGAGAAAACUGUAAAAUACAGCACUGCUUUUUAUUCAAAUAAUAAUAAAAUGACUUACAAUAUUGAUGAAAUAAUA